AUGAAGUUCUCUACCAUCAUUGUCAGCGCUCUGGCCGCUUUCGUCACUGCUGCUCCCACCAGCAGCCCCGAGGCCACUACAACUGAGCUUCAGACCCGCGCCUUCGCCUUCGACCUCAACGCGUUCAACAACUUCCAGUUCGUCAACCAGGACCUUGCCUACCUUAACGUCCUGAACCAGUUCGCGUUCAACAACAUCCACAACCUGGCUAUCAACAACGGCCUUAACCUUAAUGUCUUCCAGGGCCUGUUCGCCCAGCAACAGUUCGAUCUCAACAGCCUGCUUCUGCUCUCGCAACUGCACACCUUCAACCAGAUCGCCUCGCUCGGUGUCCUGAACAACUUCAACCUCCAGGCCUUCCAGUUCCAAAACUUCCAGCUCGGUCUGCUGCAGCCCGGCUUCAACCAGAUCCAGCUCGGCCAGUUCAUCACCCCCACUGUCGGCACUCAAGUCGGUGGAAUUGCCAAGCAGCAGAGGGGCUUCAUCCUGUGA